AUGGCAUUGGUGCUAGAGUGGUACGACUUUGUAUGCAUUUGCAUCGUUGGAUUUUCCAUCCUAUGUGCCUUAUAUGUACUAUGGAUAAACGAAGGACCCUCUUCCUCUCAGACCGAUUUUGAUAUUUUGGUUGACACCCUUCUGGUGGCUUCUCCCUCACCGGACAAUAGAGUCACCAUAGGUCAUGUCACCACUUCCCAACUAUGGACAAGCUGUUGGAGAGGAGUGCACCCUCUCGUGUUGUUAGCUACCCGUUUCAUUUCCCUUCUCGGCUUGAUUGUGUUAUUAUCUUUCGAUCUUCAUGAAUACGAUGCAACCAUCUUUUACUACUACACGGAGUGGACUUUCACAUUAGUAAUGAUAUAUUUCGCUUUGGGGACAACGGUAUCUGCAUAUGGAUGUUGGAAGUUGUUGAACAAACCUGCUCAGCUUCAAAAUGGAGAAUUUCCGAGAAGAGAUUUGGAAACAAAAUAUUUUGAACAAGAGUUUGGACAAGCAGCAGGUUUCUGGGGUUACCUCAUGCAAAUUACUUUCCAGACUAGUGCAGGAGCUGUUAUCUUAACAGAUAUUGUAUUUUGGUGUGUAAUUGUCCCAUUCUUAUCCAUUUCUCGUUUUAAAUUAAACAUGUUGAUGGGUUGCAUGCAUACUUUGAAUGUAGUUUUCCUUCUUUUGGAUACAAUGCUGAACGAUCUUUCUUUUCCAUGGUUUAGAAUCUCGUAUUUUGUUCUCUGGAGCUGCUCUUAUGUUAUUUUCCAAUGGGUAUUACAUGCAUGUGGUUUCACAUGGUGGCCAUAUCCAUUUCUUGAGCUUAAUACGCCAUGGUGUUCCCUAUGGUAUAUCUGCAUGGCGCUAGCUCACAUACCCUGCUACGGCAUCUAUUCAUUGAUAGUGAAAGCAAAAUUUGAUAUUCUUCCUAGAUUCUUCCCUCUAGCCUUCUUGAAGUCAUACUAG